UUUUUUUUUUUUAAUUUUUAUUCUAUAGGAAUUUGUACGUCUUUAUAGUGAUCUUUUGUUAAACAAAAGUAUUGAAAAACAAUUUGAUCCUUUUUUUCAUGGAUUUUUAUUGGUAACACAUGAUAGUUCAUUAAGAAAAUUAUUUCGACCAGAUGAAAUUGAGUUACUUGUUGCUGGUAGUCAAGUACUUGAUUUUAAUCAACUUGCUUCAGCUGCUGCUUAUGAUGGUGGUUAUACAAAAGAUAGUCCAACAAUUAAAAAUUUUUGGUCUAUCUUAAUGACAUUUACUGAUGAACAAAAACGAAAAUUUUUACGAUUUACUACUGGUAGUGAUCGUGCUCCUAUUGGUGGUUUAGCUAGAUUAAAAUUAAUUAUAUCUCGUAAUGGUCCGGAUGCUGAUCGUUUACCAACAGCACACACCUGCUUCAAUGCCCUCCUCCUCCCUGAUUAUUCAUCAAUUGAAAAAUUACAAGAAAAACUUUCUAUAGCCAUCGAUAAUGCUGCAGGAUUUGGAUUACGCUAA